AUGCUUGAUAAGGUCCUCGAUAAAGUGGUCCAGGAUGACGAUGAUACCGAAGAAACUCCCCAUUGGGCUAUUAAGGAGUCAGCAUCAAGCCAUAUCUCGACACCUACGCUCACUUCAGCCUAUUACCUGCGCGUCGCUAGUGGUGAUCGAGAGGAAAUGCUAGCGGCAGCCAAAACACUCCGACUGCCGAAACCUAACCUCAUACAAGGGAUCAACCGCAAAGAGAAAGAAAGUCUCGUCGACGAUUUACACGACGUCUUAUAUUGCACUUUUCUAUCCUCAUCCUGCCAAGGGUUAGAACUGAUCAAUUGA